CGGGGCGGGGUCGGCCGGCUUCCAGGCCUGGGCUCUGGCCGCCCGCGCCGCCCGGCCGCUCCGGGGACGGGCCGGGGCGGGGCGCGGCGGCAGGAAGCGGGGCGGGGACUCGCGGAAGCCUUGGGGAGCGAGGGAGGGCGCGGCCAACUCCCGGAGAGACGACAGGCCGAGAGAGCGGCGCCCUGGCCUGGCGCCGAGCCUGAGCCAGCCGGACGGGAGGCGGCCCAGCCACGCUCGGCCCCAGCCCCGCCAGCAUGGCCGGCCGGACCGUGCGGGCCGAGACCCGGAGCCGGGCCAAGGAUGACAUCAAGAAGGUGAUGGCGACCAUCGAGAAGGUCCGGAGAUGGGAGAAGCGCUGGGUGACUGUGGGCGACACUUCCCUUCGUAUCUUCAAGUGGGUGCCAGUGGUGGACCCCCAGGAGGAGGAGCGACGGAGGGCAGGUGGCGGGGCAGAGAGAUCCCGAGGCCGGGAGCGGAGGGGCAGGGGUGCCAGUCCCCGAGGGGGUGGCCCUCUCAUCCUGCUUGAUCUCAAUGAUGAGAACAGUAACCAGAGUUUCCAUUCGGAAGGCUCCCUGCAAAAGGGCACCGAUCCCAGCCCUGGGGGCACCCCCCAGCCCAGCCGCCCUGUGUCACCUGCUGGACCACCGGAAGGGGUCCCGGAGGAUGCUCAGCCCCCACAGCUGGGCCAGGAGAGAGAUCCUGGGGGCGUAACCGCAGGCGGCACGGAUGAGCCUCCAAUGCUGACCAAGGAGGAGCCUGUUCCAGCACUGCUGGAGGCUGAGGAUUCGGGAGUGAGGAUGACCAGGAGAGCCCUCCACGAGAAAGGCCUGAAAACAGAGCCCCUCAGGCGGCUCCUUCCCAGGAGGGGUCUCCGGACAAACGCCCGGCCCAGUUCUACGGUGCCUCAGGACCCCAGAGCUCCCGUGGGAGGAAGCAAGGCCCCGAGGGCACCGAGGACGACCCCCCAGGGGAAGGGGAGGUGAGCCGGCUCCCCAGGCAAGAGGAAGCCCUUAGGCUUCCCUUGGCCGCCCCAAGAUCCAGCCACCCACCCGUGCCCCCGAGGGUGCAGAGAGCUUCCCAGCUCCACAGCCACCGCGGGAUCAUCGGGGGCGAGCGGCCCCAGCCUGACCCGAACCUAAGGCCACAGCACCCAUCUGGCUCGCCACCGACACCCGCACAGAGCGGGCUCGACGACACCCCAAGUGUGGGAAGGGCUUCGGGCACAAUCGGACCACAUCGAGCGCCUGAGGACGCAUCGUAGCCAGAGGGUCCGGAGUGGUGGGUGCGCGCCCGGCCUCCACCCGGGGAGGGGCUGCACGGGAAGCGCCGGGGCCUCCGCCAGCCUCCGGCCAAGGCCCGGGGAGGCAGCGCACGCGCAGAGACCCUGCGUCACACGCCCAUCUCCCCACCGCCUCCCUCCUGCCUCCCCGAAGGCCCACGGAUGCUCCGCCUGCGGGUGAGUUCCGUUGAUCGCUGGAGGACCUGCAGCAAGACCUCCCGGCGGGGCCAGCCUCGCUAGUUCCCCGGGAGACCACGGGGCCGGAGACCUUCCCGCCCAGGCGCCCGCCUCGCCCACGUGGGGAUGCGGAAGGUGGCCUGGGCUGGCUGGCGGGGAGCUCACGAAGCUUCUGGCACAACCCUGAGCCACCCCCAACAGACCCGGAAAAUCCCCACCUGGAGAAGGCCCGGGGCGAGUGAGCCCUUUGAGCGGUUCCAAUGGCCGUCACCGAGUUCUUGCUUGCCCACUCCACUGCUGGGCCCGUCGUACUACGAAAUAAUCACGUCUCCCAUUGGUUGAGGGCUUACUCCGUGCCAGGCUUUGUGAUUUAUGGGAAUGACCUCAUUCAAUCCUCACCACAGUCCUGUGCCAUUGGGGUUCUCAUUAUCAGCAUUUUACAGAAGGAGAAACUAAGUCUCAGAGAGGUUAAGGGACCGGCCCAAAGUCACACAGCCAGUAUGUGGCAGAACCAGCAUUCAGACCCAGGUCUGCCUGCCUGACUCCGCAGCCCGCCCCACGGCACUGCUUCUCCUGCCGGUACACGAGUGAAGGGUGCAGGUUUGACUGGACAUCUGCUUAUGAAGCAUUCAUUUUUCUCGUGGUAAUUACCUAAAACACUUUUUAUACUAAAGUGAGCAGAUACUCCCAGGAAUGAAAGUGAACAUUUGUGCCAAGAUGGAAAUGCAACUUGAGACGUCGGAGAUAUUCCAUGCCAAGGUCAAGGCUUCAGGCUCAGCCCCUUACUCCCUGAACUGACCUCUUCUCAGACCUCUGCCUUUGGAGGGAUGUUGACCAGGGAAGCUCUGCUGCAGGGCCAGCUUCUGUGUGGAACCUUCCUGGAGGCCAAGAAAGAUGGCCUCUCCCCAGUUUGCCAUCCCACUGAAUUGCUUAGGAAGGUCAUCGAGUUUCUCUGGGCUAAGGUUUCUAAAUUCCCCACACAUAUCAAUCUAGGAUUGGGGAUUGAAAAAUUAGAAUUCUUAGGAAUUCCUGAAGUCAUGUUAUUCUGUAUUUUUCAUAACUUUCUAUAUUUUUUUUAAUGAGAAAUAAACAUUUAGUAGUAGUUACAAAGAACUGUAGGCUAUAGCAAAUAUUCAAAACCAGGAAAAUACCAGAGAACAUUACUGGGUAGUAUUUGGAUAACAAAAUGUUUAAACCUUCAACAAGAUCAACUACACUACACAGAAUCAUGUGUUGAAAUUGCCAAUUUAAGGACUUGUUUCUAAAACUUUUUACUUCUCAGAACAUCAUUCAUAGAAUUUGUAUAAGAUAUACAAUACAUGUAAACAGGUUAAUAUUUUAAUCUGUGAGAAUGACUCACUGUUAACAAGUAGGGCCACGAAUACGUUUUUUUAUUUGUUUGUUUGUGGCGGCUUGUGGGAACCUAGUUCCCCGACCAGGGAUCGAACCCAGGCCCUCAGCAGUGAAAGCGUGGGGUCCUAAUCACUGGACCGCCAGGGAAUUCCCACGAAUACGUUUUUUACAUGGCAACAGCUACAAAAAAAAAGACUGAUUAGUUGUGAUCACUUACCUCCUAUGUACUUUGGUCCCAAGUUCCAGAAAUGUCUACCUUAACCUUGGACUCUGUGUCAGCGUUUCCUUCUCGUGCCGUGCUUUUUACUUGACAUCAGUGGAUUCCUUCAAACCAGGAAUUCCUCGAUGUUUAUUAUUAAGCAUUCGUUCUCACAGGAGAAUUAUAAUAGUUUUUCCUGUUUUCCCAAUUUCUUGACUGAUUAUUUUUGGGAUUCAGAAAAACACAAAUUUCAGGACUUCCCUGGUGGUCCCAUGGUUAAGACUCCACGAUUCCACUGCAAGGGAUGCAGGUUUGAUCCCUGGUCAGGGAAGUUUUGUUUUGUUUUGUUUUGUUUUUUUCAGGGAAGUUUUGCAUGCUGCGGGGUGCGGCCAAAAACAAAAACAAAAACAAAAAUUUCCUGAAAAUGGUCGGGAAGGACUUCCUGCAUCAAAAUGCUCUUCUGAGCUGAGUAGGGUUGGCAAGGCAAAUAUGCUGCAGAAAUAAUUAUCCUGUAUAGCAUAAAGCCCAGUCACUGAAGUUUCAUGGUUUCAGGAACCUCAGAAUCAGAAGAUCCAGUUAUGGAUUCCAGCUCUGCCAGUUCCUGGUUGUGAGACCUUGGGCAAGUCACUUUACCUCUCUGAGCUUCAAUCUAAUGGAUAGAAUGAUACCUGCGAAAUAACAUGCUUGCUUUGUGAGGCGGUACUGAAGAAGGGUUAAAAGUGUGGCUUUGGAGUCAGACAGUCUGAGGUUUGAAUCCACUGCUUACUACCUCUUUGAUCUGGGGCAAGGUCUAACCACUCUGAGCCCCAUUUUUUCUCUUCUGUAAAAUGGAAAAACUGAUUGAACCCAUUUCAUAGGAUUUUGGUGAGUUCAAAUGAGAUCACCUAUGAAAACACUUAACACAGAGCAUGGUACACUGUGAAUGCUUGAUGUGUGUGGACCAGUAUAGUUAUUACCUGCUGUAUCUACUACCUCACAGGGCAGUUGUGAGGAUGAAAGGGAGGUUAUAUUGUGGAAGUGCUUUCUAAGCUGUGAAAUGGUCAUCCACACACUUCCCUUUCCUUCAGAGAUGAGAUGGCCAGAAGCUCCUGGCAGACAUCAGUGGUUUCUCCCAGUAAGGAGCCCAAGAAUACCUACCUGUACCCACAGAAGGUAGCUGUGUUGAGGAGGCAGUGUCACCAUGGUUACCUGGGAAAGAAGGUUUAGUUGCCAUCAGAUAGGCAAACUCCAGCAUCAUCUGACUGCGGGCACACUUGGGGGAAAGCCAGUUUUCAGAAGGAAGCUUUGGAGAAAGGACAAUAUUUAACAGAGCCUGCCCACCAUAGGUUUGUUUAAUAGGGAUCAAAUCAAGAGAAGGGGGCGUGUAAUAGAAGGGGUGAGGGGCUGUUUGACUGUUGUCUGAAGCCCUCUUAUUGGCUGAACUUAGGAAACAAUUCUAUUAGCCGGAACCACUGCAUCCUGCUCCUGCCAUGUGUGCACUUACGAUGCUCAUUCAUUCUUAGACUGUGGACAAAACACGAAUCAAAGGGCUCUCCAAAGAUGAUCUUGUGUAAUCCUGACAGCAGCCCCAUAAAGUAAAUACUAGCAUUACUCCCGUUCUGUAGCUGAGGGCUUGGAGUCUGGGAAAGUUAAGUCCAUCGCCCAAAGUCACAAAGCCUAUAUGUUGUGGAGUCAAGAUUCAGACCAAGUCCAAACCCUUAGCCUCCGCCAGUCUUCCUCAACUCACUGGGUGCCAGAUGCUGAGCUUGAACAAGGAAGAAGGAAACACAGACGUAUAGGAUUUAGUGCCUCAAGUGGCCUCCUCUCUUGCCUUCUGUAACAACUCUCUCUCCCCAUACUAUGCCUACUUUUCUGGACACUGUUUCUUUGCUUCCAGGGAUGUUUUUCUCUGCUUAGCCCUUAAGUCCAGGUUUUCUGGGCACCAUCCUUGGACUCUUUUCUUUUGUACAGGACUGUGAGAGACCUUUAUGUCCACAGCUUCAGCUGCCAGUCAUCUCUCCUAUUUUUUAUUUUUUAAUUUAUUUUUUAAUUCUUUGGCUGCGUCAUGCGAUUUGUGGGAUCUUAGUUCCCCGACGAGGGAUCGAACCUGGGCCCUCGGCAGUGAAAGCGCAGAGUCUUAACCACUGGACCGCCAGGGAAUUCCCCGUCUCUCCUAAUCCAGACUGCCCCUCUGAGCACCAGCUCAAUCCAGCCAACUGCCUCCUUGACAUCCCCUCUGACGUUCCAGCCUCCCAACCGAAUUCAUCCUCUCCCCCUUAACAUGCCUCGCCUCCUGAGUUCCCCUUCCUCCUUACCAUGGCCUCCUAGUUUCAAAUACUGCUGUAGUGGUGAGGAACCCUAGAAGUCUUCCUAGAUAAAGCCUCUUGAGUCAGUUCUUGGGGUUGGAGAGGGACUGUGGGCUGUGUGUUUUGAGAGCUGCCAUGGGUUUGGGGGUGAACUUGGAGGGUAGAAUGCAUCGUUUAAUCAACUGUCUGCUAAGUGCCCGGCAGUGGGCCUGGUCUAAUAGCAGGGGUGGAGGACACAAUCAUGAAUGAAACAGACAGGAUCCCUGGCUUCAGGGAGCUUUCAGGCCACUAGAGAAUACGGACCUCAAGCAAUCCUCCCCAAAUACCAACUCUUACAAACUGUAACAAGUAUCAUGAAGGAAAAGUUCAGGGUGCUAUGAAAGAACGUGGUAAAUCUAUACUGGGUGGGGGGAGGGGGUCAAAGGCCAUUUGGAGAAAGUGACAAUUACUAUAUUCCUGAGAACUGAGUUGAGGGAAGAGAAUUCCACAUAGAAGCAACUGUAGGUACACGCACAAAGACCCAGAGGUGGACGAGAACGCGGUGUGUUGGGAAAACUGAAAGGCAACCCGUGUCUAUGGCUCUGAGUAUGCUGGGGCAUGUGGGCAGGACAAGACUGGCCUGGUUGGCUGGGGACAGUGGCAGGUGCCUUGUGGGCCAUGGUAAGGAGCCUGGAUUUUUUGGUUUAACUUUUUAUUUGGAAAUAAUUUUGAAGUUACAGAAAAGUACGAAGGGCAUCCGUAUGUCCUCUACUCCAAACUCAUCUGUUAAAAAUUACUUGUUCUCCCUCUAUAUGUAGUAUAUACAUGUGACUUUUAUUCUGAACUAUUUGAGAAUAAGUUGCAUACAUCUUGUUCUCUUACCCUUAAAUACUUAGAAUUUCCUGCCCCAGUGCAGUAAAGAUAUCCACUUCACUAAAUUUAACAUUGAUGCAAUAUGGUACCUAAUUUACCAUUCACUUUGUCAAUUGUCUCAAUAAUAUCCUUGAUGUACUAUUUUCCCCUCUAGUCCAGAAUCCAGGCUAGAAACGAUGUAUUGCAUUAAAUUGUCAUUUCUCUUUAGUCUCCUUUAAUCUGGAAUAGUUAGCCUUUGUCUUUUAUGACAUUGACAUGGUGGAAAAAUGCUGUCUUCCCCUUUAAUAGAAUGUUCCUCAUUUGAGCUUUGUCUACUGUUUCUUCAUGAUCAUAUAUGGGUUAAGAAUUCCCGGCCAGAAGACUGCAUAAAUGUUGUCAUAUCCUUCUCAGUGUGACAGCAAGAGGCACACCAUGUCUGUCUACUCCUCCUUAGUGAUUUUGUCUGAUUUCUCCAAUCUCUAGUUUAAAUUUUCCCCUCAUAACUGAUAAGCCGUCCGGGAGAUACAUUACAACCAUGCAGCUGCCCUAUUCCAUAGAUUAUUAAAUAGAUGAGAUUGACUGUCUCUUCAUGAUUCUUGCCUGAAUCAGAUCAGUCUUUAUUACGAUGGUUACAAAAUGAUGACUUCAACUCCAGGACUCCCUCCACUUGACAUUCUUCUGCCUACUUAUUUAAUAUUUAUUAUUAGUAGGGACUUUGAGAUUUAUAUUAUUUUCCAAUAGUUUUAUAGUUAUUAACCUUACUUAUUUUGGUGCUCAAAUUGCUCCAGGUCUGGGCAGUGGGAGCCCCUUAAAACUAGAAGCCUGGUUUUUAUCCCCACUUCAGUGGAGUAGCAUGAUUCUGUUUGCACAUAUGACCACCUUUUAUUGUGUGACAGUGUGUCGUAGGGGCACAGACAUAGGGAGACCUGAUGGGAAACUCUUGUGUAGUUCAGGAGGUAGACGUGGCUUAGACUGGGGUGGUGACAUAUUGGAUGGAGAGAAUGGAUGGACGCUGGAGGAACUUUGGUGGUAGAAUCGGCAGGACUUAGCGGGUGCAGUUGGGGGGUGAAUGUGUGAGCGGUCAGAGAGGGAGAAGUCAGGAGUGACCGAAGUGGCUGCGGGGAUGGUGGAGUCGUUUACUGACGCGGGGAAGACAA